AUGGCUCCUCUCGAUAAUCUCAGCAGGAGUGCGAAAUACGAGGCACUCGGUCGGCCACUAAAGCAAAGCAUACCAUAUGUCGAACUUUCGAAGAAAGGAGAGCUUGUUCAGCCACUUCAGAUCCCUGAGUACUUACGCACGGAGGAAUUCUAUCUCGGAGACUUUGGUCUAGCGAAGAAGCUUAGCGAUAGUGUGACUCAAAUGGGGUUCCCCCCUUCGGAUUAUUGCUCCCCAGAACGUCUUCAUGGGAAAGAUCCAAGUCUUGCCUGUGAUAUGUGGAGUUAUAUGGUCGUCUUCUCCGUGCUUUAUCUUCGUUUUCCGCCGUUACCAAGCUGGAUCCCAGGGGGGAUUAUCGCUGGCUGCGUUGCCCGUCUGGGGCCGCUUCCAUUAGAUUGGAAGGGUCUUUAUAUCCGCCCCGGGGUGGAUGAUUUCUGGUAUGACCAAUCUCAAACGCCCAAUCCAAAGCAUAAUCUUGCUUCAACAAUUGCACAAUUCCGCCCCGAUGCUGAUCCGAUCGAGCGACAGCAUGUCUUUUCUAUCAUGUGCAAAGUGUUUCAAUAUUCUCCAGAAAAACGUCUUACUGCAACUCAGCUUUUACAUGACCCGUCAUUUCGAGCUAUCAUGGACAAAUAUGGUUGUUAA